GGGAUAGAGAUAGACAGCGAUCUGAGUGAUGAUGAUGGAGCCCCUCAGAAAAGAACAAACAGGAGGCAGGCAGCUGGAAGAGGAGGUGCAAAAGGAAGAGGCAGAGGCAAAAAACCAGAUAGCGAUGAGGACGAGGAGGAGGAAGAUGAAGCUCCCAGGGCGCGCAAAGGGGCGAACAACAGGCGGCCGGCCAAGAAACGCGGUGGUGGGAAAAAUAAUGAUGAAGAUGAAAGCGAGAAUGAGGGUCCCAAGAAGAAGAGAGGAGGUGCAGCCAAUAGGAAGAAAGGAGGCAAGGCCCAAGAUAGCGAUGAGGAGGACAGUGAUGCCGGCAAAGGAAAAAAGGGAAAGAAAGGAGGAGGAAAGAAAGGAGGGAAAGAGGAACAGGACAGUAAGGGUAAGAAAGGUGAUUCCAAAGGAAAGGACAAGGGAAAAGACAAAGAUGAUGACAAGGAUAAGAAGAAAAAGAAGAAGAAGGAUGACAGCUCCUCUGACUCCAACUCCGGCUCAGAUGAGGAGGAGUCCAUGUCGGAGGGAGAGAUGGCACGGCUGAUGGAGGAGGUGGAGGAGAAGAAGAAACUGAUUGCCAAUAUCAGAAACAAGCCAUGGAGGAUGAAGCGGAGGCUCGUACUUUUAAAGGAGGCUCAGCAAUUUGUGGAUAAAUUUGAAGGAGCGUUGGGCAAAGGCAAAGGGAGGAAGUGGUACGCCUACAAAGUGAUGAUGACUAAGAAAUGGAUAAAGUUUCAGAGGGAUUUUGAAAAUUUUAGAACUGCUUGUAUCCCCUGGGAAAGGAAGAUCAAAGAGGUUGAAAGCCACUUUGGUUCAUCUGUGGCUUCUUACUUCAUCUUCCUGCGCUGGAUGUAUGGCAUGAAUCUCGUCCUUUUUGGUUUGACUUUUGGACUCGUAGUCAUCCCAGAGGUCCUGAUGGGUCUUCCCUAUGGGUCUGUUCCGAGAAAGACUGUACCCAGAGCAGAGCAGGACACUGCUCAGGACUAUUCCGUUCUCAUGGAUUUCAACGGAUAUUGCAAAUACUCUGUACUGUUCUAUGGAUAUUACAAUGACCAGAGGACCAUUGGCUUACUGAAGUUCAGGCUGCCACUGUCCUACCUCUUGGUGGGGAUCGGCACCUUCGGCUACAGUCUGAUGCUUGUGAUCCGCACCAUGGCUAAGAAUGCUGAUGUUGGUGGUGGAGAUGGAGAUGAAGGAGAAUUCACCUUUGCCUGGAAGAUGUUCACCAGCUGGGAUUACCUCAUUGGCAAUGCAGAGACCGCUGACAACAAGUACGCCUCCAUCACCACCAGCUUCAAGGAGUCCAUUGUGGACGAGCAAGAGAACCAGAAGGAUGAGAACAUUCACCUGCGAAGGUUCCUCAGAGUCCUGGCCAACUUUCUGAUCACCUGCAGCCUUGGCGGGAGUGGCUAUCUCAUCUACUUUGUGGUGAAGAGGUCUCAGGAAUUCGCCAACAGGGAUGACCUCAGCUGGUAUGAAAAGAACGAGUUGGAGCUCAUCAUGUCUCUGCUGGGCCUGGUCUGCCCCCCUCUGUUUGAGACUAUCGCUGAGCUUGAGGAUUACCACCCCCGAAUCGCUCUCAAGUGGCAGCUGGGACGCAUCUUUGCGCUCUUUCUGGGAAACCUCUACACCUUCCUAUUUGCCCUGUUUGAUGAGGUCAACUCUAAGUUGGAAGAGGAGCAGUCCAUAAAGAAUGCUUCCCUCUGGGCCUUGAAGGAAUACUAUGCCAACUACACACGUAUGCUGAAUGACAGUGAUUCUACCCCGCCUCCAAUGAACCCUGCUGAUGUUAUCAGAGGACCCUGCUGGGAGACUGCUGUUGGAAUUGAGUUUGUGAAGCUGACUGUAUCAGACAUUCAGGUGACCUACCUGACCAUCCUGAUCGGUGACUUUGCCAGAGCCGUCAUCGUUCGUUUCCUCAACUACUGCUGGUGCUGGGACCUUGAAGCUGGAUUUCCUUCUUACGGAGAAUUUGACAUCAGUGGAAAUGUUCUUGGGCUGGUCUUCAAUCAAGGGAUGAUCUGGAUGGGUGCGUUUUAUGCUCCUGGGCUGGUCGGUAUCAACGUUCUCCGUCUUCUCAGCUCCAUGUACUAUCAGUGUUGGGCCGUGAUGGCCACAAACGUUCCACAUGAGAGGGUAUUCAAGGCCUCCAAGUCCAAUAACUUCUACAUGGGUCUUCUGCUCCUGAUCCUCUUUUUGAGUCUUUUACCAGUCGUCUACACCAUCAUGACCCUGCCACCUUCGUUUGACUGCGGACCUUUCAGUGGGAAGGCAAAGAUGUUUGAUGUCAUUAUGGAGACAAUUGAGCUGGACUUGCCUGCUUUCAUUGGGACGCUUUUCAGCUAUGCCGCUAACCCCGGCCUUAUUAUACCAGCUGUGCUGCUCAUGGUACUGGCUAUAUAUUAUCUCAACUCUGUGUCUGAGGCCUACCAAAAUUCCAAUAUGGAGCUCAAGAAGAAAAUGCAGAUGGCUAGGGAUGAAGAGAAGAACCGGAGAAACAACACAAACAGCACCAACCAGGUCAUGCAGGAUCUGGAAGAUCUGCUGCCAAACCGAUCCCUGGCCCCCCCUGCUCCACCUGAGCCUGAAAAAAAACCAGAGCAAGAGGCAAAGCCCACCAAGACAAAGGCUGGAGCUGCUGGUAAAGGCGUUAACCUUCAGAAAGACGUGUCGCUGGCUUCACCCAACCCUAAUGCUAGAGGGCCAGUAAGCCGGCCGCCCGGGCCGAGAGGUCCUGGACCAGCGCCAGGGCCGGGGGCUCGACCAGGUCAAGGCCGUGGGAGAGGGCCCCCUCCAAGA